AGGCGGAAGUCCUCCCCCAUCCUGGAUGUGCAGCACAUUAACUGUUCCGUUCGGCUUUUACAGACGAAACUCAUCGCUGACCGCCCCGUCCAGUCCUCUGCUAAAUAUUACCUUCACUGGUUGUUCUUCGUUUCCUUUUUGUGAACAAAAUGCCUUUAAAGUUUGAGCUGUGUCCCGGUAGAAUGAUCGGAGGUAACCAUCCCUGUUUCAUCAUUGCUGAAAUUGGACAAAACCACCAGGGAGACGUUGAGAUUGCCAAGAAAAUGAUCAAAAUGGCAAAGGACUGUGGUGCAGACUGUGCCAAAUUCCAGAAGAGUGAAUUAGAGCACAAAUUUAACAAGCAAGCCUUGGAGCGCCCCUACACCUCCAAACACUCCUGGGGGAAAACAUACGGGGAACACAAGCGCCACCUGGAGUUCAGCCACGAGCAAUACAGAGAGCUUCAGAAAUAUGCCGAGGAGGUGGGGAUAUUCUUCACGGCCUCAGGGAUGGACGAGAUGGCAGUGGAGUUUCUCCAUGAGCUCAAUGUGCCUUUCUUCAAAGUGGGAUCUGGUGACACCAACAACUUCCCCUAUCUGGAGAAAACUGCCAAGAAGGGACGUCCCAUGGUGGUGUCCAGUGGGAUGCAGACCAUGGAGACGAUGCGUCGGGUCUACAAGACAGUGAAGGAGCACAACCAGAACUUCACCAUCCUGCAGUGCACCAGCGCCUACCCUCUGGAGCCUGAAGACGUCAACCUCAGAGUGAUCACAGAAUACCAGAAGGAAUUUCCUGAUAUUCCCAUUGGGUACUCCGGCCACGAGUCCGGGAUCAGUAUUUCACUGGCGGCUGUAGCUCUUGGGGCAAAGGUCGUCGAGCGUCACAUAACCUUGGACAAGACGUGGAAAGGAAGUGACCACGCAGCCUCGCUGGAGCCCUCUGAGCUGGCCGAGCUGGUCCGCUCCAUCCGACUGGUGGAGAGGGCACUGGGCAGCGGCUUGAAACAGAUGUUACCCUGCGAAAAGCCUUGCCAUGAUAAGUUGGGUAAGUCAGUGGUGGCCAAAGUAAAGAUCCCCAGAGGAACCGUCCUGACUCUGGAUAUGUUGACGGUAAAAGUGGCUGAGCCCAUGGGCGUCGCAGCCGAGGACAUCUUCGAGCUGGUCGGUAAGACUGUGACGGAGGACGUGGAGGAGGACGAGAGCGUCGCGCCCGGGUUGGUGGACAGCUACGGCAAGAGGGCUAAGUGCUGAGGAUGGAAAAGAAGUUUGAAAUGGAUAAGAAGAAAAAAAAAAAAAAAAUAGGCAGUUAAUUUGAGAGGAAACCGAAUCGGUUCCUCUGGGGGAUAAUUACGGAGGAGCUCAAGAUGACACAUGAAGGAGUGUGAUGGUAAUUUGGUCUGGUGCUGCUGAGAUCUCUGACAUUAAGUCAUGGACGAUAAGUAACUGUUUACAUACUGUAAUGGGACAUUGCAUUAGAAUCAAAUAGAGUAUUAUCACAGCCCCUGUGCUCUUCCCCUCAGCUCUCCAUUGCCAAAUAUUUUUUAGUUUUCUAAAACCCACCUUAACGUAAUGCACAAACGUUUUGGCCAACACCCUCUUUAAGACCCACCAUUACCUUACAUUAGGCUGGACAGUAGCUUCAGCUCUUCGAUCAGUACUAGUGCAGUUCUUUCUAGAGGUGGCACAAAAAGCCAGUUGUUACUUUUAAUUUCACUUUACUAAGCACACUUUGCACCAUGAUUAGAUUAGAUUAAAUGAAUAUUGAACACAUGAAGGUCAAGCUGCUUCUAGUCGUCUCAUCACGGAGUCAGUGUUUUCUCUUUGUACCUGCUCACUGAGCUGUCAGCAUGGUCAGCUAGCGCCAGAAUGGCUCCAGUCAUUGAAAUCUCUGGUACUGAAUCAAGCAGGGUUUGUAUCUGUACCGCUGUUCAUUCUUCUUCUGUCUUUGUGCUGGCACCAAAAAUGUCCACUAACCAUUGUUUAAGGAUGAAGGAUGUUAACAUACACUUGUUGUUAACAUGUGGAAAUCUGUUGCGAGUCUGUUGAGAAAUUUUCAAUGAUCUGAAACGACGAAGCCUCCAAAUAAAACAACAUUGUUGCCAAAA